AUGGCCGAACGAAAGAGACUCGUCGUUGUCGGCCUGGGCAUGGUCGGCCUAGCCUUCGUAGAAAAGAUAUUGAAGUUGGAUGCGCGAUCCAACCAGUACACAAUCACAAUUAUCGGCGACGAGCCGUACUUAGCUUACAACCGUGUGGGCCUGACAAGUUUCUUCGACCACCGCAAGAUUGAAAACCUAUACCUUAACCCUGAAGAAUGGUACCGCAACGCCCCUGAAGGAGCACUUGGUUAUCAUGUGAAUACCAAAGUCACCGCCAUAGACUCCCAGGCAAAGACAAUAGCAUGCUCUAACGGUGAGGUCGUGCCAUAUGACAUCCUGGUCCUCGCCACCGGUUCAGAUGCUGUGCUUCCAAGACACAUUCCCGGUCACGACGCAACGGGCGUUUUCGUGUACCGCACAAUUGACGACCUCAACAAAUUGAUUGCCUUUUCCGCCACCCGAAAAGGUACUGACGGAGCAGUCGUAGGUGGCGGCUUGCUCGGUCUGGAAGCUGCCAAGGCUAUGGUUGACCUGGAAUGCUUCAACAGAGUUAAGAUCAUCGAGAGGAAUCGCUGGGUACUGAGCCGACAGGUCGACCAAGAUGCGGGCGCCAUGGUGGUGGACCAGGUUCGGAACCUGGGUCUCGAGAUCCUUCUUAGCAGAAGGGUUGGUGAGAUCGAGACCACUGAAGACAACCAUGUCAAGGGUGUUUUGUUUGAAGAUGGCGAGCGUCUGGAUUGUUCAGCUGUAUGCUUUGCCAUCGGUGUGCGGCCUAGAGAUGAGCUAGCCCGGAGCGCCGGCAUCAAGUGUGCGGACCGUGGUGGUGGCAUCAUCGUCAACGAUGACUUGAGCACUAGCAUCUCCGACAUUUACGCCAUCGGCGAGUGCGCCAGCUGGCAAGGAAUGGCAUAUGGUCUGAUCGGUCCUGGUGUUGAGAUGGCCGAUGUUCUCUCCUUUAACCUGACACAAGCCAAACUGCACCAGCCGCGUUCAUUCAAGAGGCCAGAUCUCAGCACCAAGCUCAAGCUUCUCGGCGUUGACGUGGCCAGCUUCGGCGACUACUUUGCCGACACAGACGGACCGAAAUUCUUACCUCCCAAAGCGGCUAGGAAAACGAAAAAGCUUGACGAGCAGAGCACUAUCGAGACGUUGACUAACGGCCUUCCUCCUGCCCCUGUCAAGGCGCUCACAUACCGUGACCCGUUUCAAAACAUUUACAAGAAGUACAUCUUCACCGAAGAUGGCAAGUAUCUCCUUGGCGGUAUCAUGAUUGGCGAUACGAAAGACUACAUCAAGCUCGUGCCGUUGGUCAAGAACAUGAAGGAGCUGGAUGUUCCUCCUAGCGAACUCAUCCUAGGCGCCAAGAAAGAGGGCGAAGACGAUGGCGACGACCUGACGGAUGAUACCCAGAUCUGCUCAUGCCACAACGUGACAAAAGGAGACGUCGUUAACUCGGUCAAGGACGGCACCUGCAAGACCAUCGGCGAGGUCAAGGCCUGCACUAAAGCCGGAACGGGCUGUGGUGGUUGCAUGCCGUUAGUCACAACCAUCUUCAACAAAACCAUGUUGUCCAUGGGUAAUGAGGUUAAGAACUACCUUUGCGCACACUUCAACUACUCCCGUGCCGACCUAUACAACAUCAUUCUCGUCAAAAAACUCAAGAAAUUCGAGGACGUCAUGCGUGAGGCCGGAAAUGACCCCGCCUCCCUUGGUUGCGAGGUCUGCAAGCCUACCUGCGGCAGCAUCUUCGCCUCAUUGUGGAACCGUCACGUCAUGGACACCCCAAUGCACGGUUUGCAAGAGACCAACGACCGCUUCCUCGGCAACAUCCAGCGCAACGGCACAUACAGUGUCGUUCCCCGUGUGUCUGCUGGUGAGAUUACCCCUGAUAAGCUCAUCGUCAUCGGCCAGGUGGCGAGCAAGUACAACCUGUACACCAAGAUCACUGGUGGGCAGCGUAUCGAUAUGUUUGGCGCCAAGAAGCAGGAUCUCCUUGACAUUUGGAAGACACUGGUUAACGCCGGCAUGGAAUCCGGCCAUGCAUACGCCAAGUCUCUCAGAACAGUCAAGAGUUGUGUCGGCACAACGUGGUGCCGUUUCGGUAUUGGCGACAGUGUCGGUAUGGCCGUCCGGUUGGAGGAGCGGUACAAGAGUAUUCGCGCGCCGCACAAGAUCAAGGGUGGUGUCAGCGGCUGUGUCCGCGAGUGCGCUGAAGCCCAAAACAAGGACUUCGGUCUUAUUGCUACUGAGAAGGGGUUCAACAUCUUCGUUGCCGGCAACGGUGGCGCCAAGCCCAAGCACUCGGAACUCCUCGCAAAGGAUGUUCCUCCAUCCGAGGUCAUCCCUAUCAUCGACAGAUACCUUAUGUUCUACAUCCGCACUGCCGAUAAGCUGCAGCGAACGGCUCGCUGGCUUGAGAACCUCCCCGGCGGCAUCAAGUAUUUGCAGGAGGUCGUCCUGGAAGACAAGCUUGGCAUUUGCGCCUCUCUAGAGGCUCAGAUGCAGGAGCUUGUCGACAGCUUCUUCGAUGAGUGGGCUGAGGCCAUCAAGAACCCCCAUAUCGCAGCCAAGUUCAAGCAGUUCAACAACACCGAGGAGACUGUCGAGCACAUGGAGGUCGAGCUCGAUCGUGACCAGCCCCGCCCGGUCUACUGGGCCAAGGAGUCGGUCAAAGAAGACUUCAAGAGCCUCAUCAACAAGUGGACCAGCAUGGCAUGGCAGCCAAUGUUACCGGCGAGUCACUUCUUCGGGGCCGACGAGACUCCCAACGGUAUCUCGGCGACGGUCAAGCGCGGCGACACUCAGCUGGCCAUUUGGCGCAUCCGUGGCAAGUACUACGCAACGCAGCAGAUGUGCCCCCACAAGCGCUCGUUCGUGCUAUCAGACGGCCUCAUCGGCGAGGACCUGGGUACCGACACUUGCGAUGAUGCGAAGAAGCCCGACUCGUCGUGCAGCACCAACGGCACGGCCAAGCGAUCUGCCCCAUGGGUGUCUUGCCCAUACCACAAGCGCAACUUCGACCUCGCCAACGGUGACUGCAAGAACGAUGAGGAGGUCAGCAUUGCCACAUUCCCUGUAGAGGAGCGCCCUGACGGCAUGAUCUACCUUAAGCUGCCUCCAGUCGAGGAGCUUGACGCCGCGCUGGGCACGGCCAAGUGGAUGGUGAAGAAGGGCGAGGCCGGCAGCUCGCCGUUUGAGCAGCUGGACAAGAAGAUUAACUUCAAGGGGCACCGCGCCAAGAAGCCCGGUGUGAAGCCGUUGGCGCCGCUCAAGAUGCAGAAGCCGGCACAGUUACUGGUCGGCGGUGGUUGCGGAAGUGCGCCGGAUUGGUAG